AUGGCGACGAGGGCGAGGGCAGCCGGUGCUUGUCCGAAAUACCCUUUCCUGGUGCGGUUUUGCAAGAGCGACGAUGAUGAUUCAUCCUCCACCUAUCAACUCUACUCUUCCAUCUCCAAAGAAUGGUACUUGGUGGAUGCCCCGCCGGAGCUGGACGACACCCGAAUUCACUGUUCCAACUACGGCUGGUUGCUGUUGUCGCGAAUCGAUCGCCUAUUCUUCUUCCAUCCCUCCACAGGAAACACCAUCGACUUGCCCAACCUAUCCUGCAGUUACAAUCGACUGAGCUUUUCCGCUCCUCCUACACGUCCGGACUGUGUGGUUUUCAGUAUGAUGGAUACAUGCGUUCAGCACGAAAUCUACAAUGGCAACAUCGCCAUCCUCCCAAGAGGGGAGAGUGCUUGGACGUGCGAGAAGCUCGCGAAUAGGGCGACUGACUCGCUAUGA